AUGGUGUGAUGCAUUUCGGGACUGCUUUGGGUUCACUGACGUCAGAAAGCGAUGCCGUCUUGAUUUUGUCUUCUACUUUCGUGCUCCACCAAAGUUUACAAUAGAAAUACUCAGUUAUUUACCUUACGCAAGGAUUCAGGUCAGCUACGUUUGCAGCAAACGUUACACAUUUGCUGUUAAUAUCAUUCGGUGCAACUCUGGUUCAAAACUAAAUGACAGUCUAGAGAUAAAGAGCGAUAAUGACGCUAGUGGUGAUGAUGCUGAAACUCCACAGACCCUAAAGGAUCAGAUUGCCUUGGGGAUGUUUGAGGAGACCAUGUUUGGAAAUCUUACAGAGGAGGCAAAAAUGGAAGAAGUUUUUCAAGCGACAACAGCUUUUGAAGAAUUCGCGCUGGAAUAUGCUCGGUAUCACCUUAAUCAAACCACACCCAAACUGAACAUCAGCAGCCAAAACAUUGAUUUGGAGAUCCGACGAAUUUUCGACCAAAACGAGAGCACUUUUUAUCUUAAGGAGUCAAAAGGACAAAACUUUGUUAAAAUUCCUUCGGAAAACUUUCAGAAUGAUUCAGAAAUAGUCCUAGGAGUUUUAUACAAAACGCUUCAUAAAGUACUGGUAACCAAUGAUUUUCACACCAAAGAUGCAACUAACGAAAGCAGACAUCUUAACACCAUCAUAAUGUCUGCUACGAUUGAUCCACAUCCUGCGAGACUGACACAGAACAUUACGUCAAUGUUCAGGGAUUUAAAGAUCACAAACAUGAAAAGAGAUUGUGUGUUUUGGAACACAGCAGAAAGCAGCUAUGUCGGUUGGUCAGGGCAAGGUUGCUCUGCAAAAUCUGUGGGCGAUUCUCAAAUAGAGUGCACCUGUAAUCAUUUGAUUCAUUUCGCUGUACUCGUACAGUUUGGCACAGGGCCCGGCGAUAAAGUCUUAUCUGAGACAGACAACAAAAUCUUGGAGGUCCUAACUUAUUUGGGUCUGACACUAUCUUUGAUUGGAAUUAUCCUAACAAUUCUAAGCUACGUUUUUCUUACGGAGAUGAAAGGUCCUUUAUCCCAGAUUCGUGUAAGUUUGGUCGUUUCGCUGGGCGCAGCUCAGAUCAUAUUUCUGGCCGGGAUCGGUGCGACUGAGAACAAAAAAGCGAGUGUUCUGGUAGCAGCCCUUGAGCAGUACUUUUUGUUCGCCGCAUUCUGUUGGAUGUUCAUCGAGGGGGUUUACCUUUACUUAUUUGUUGUAAAAGUUUACAAUGUUUCAAGCAAGUUGAAGAUAUGCCACGGAAUUGCAUGGGGUUUUUCUGCACUUAUGGUCGCCUUAUCCCUGAGCAUUACAGCAAGCAAAGAUGGAAUCGAGAGUUUUGUCAGUGAAAAACUCUGCUGGAUGUCUUCGGCCAAUGGUCUUAUCUCGAUAUUCAUAGUGUUUGUUGUGCUGAUUGAAUUUUUCAACACUCUGAUCCUCGGGAGGGUCAUCAAGGAGAUGACGAACAUGCAACAAGAGAAAGACAAACACAGCGAACAAAUUAGACUUGGUGUGAAAGCAUGCGUGGUUAUGAUUCCUCUGCUAGGGAUCUCGUGGUUAUUUGGAUUACUGUCACCACUGCACAAAGCUUUCGCCUACAUCUUCACGAUCUUCAACUCUACACAGGUAAGAUUUUGACGAUGUAUUCAGAGUUCAAAAAUAAGAGAUCGUUUGAGAAGAACGAUUCAGGUCACCUUCCCAGCAAUGGUCGAUGAGACGAGCACGAAACGAAGUUCCGUAGUGCCCUCGGAAGUAGAUGAGGAUGCCACAGCCAUUGCUGUCCUUAGAAAAAUAAACGUUCAACCACUGAAGGACGGCGGAAAAGACAGAAAAAGUCUCCAACAAAACCUCGAUGUAGUUGCCAAGUUUUGA